UGUUGUAUCAUUAAUUGUAAAGUUUUAUUUUGCUCGUUAAAAAAGUAAUUAAUGGCAAAGUAUUUUGAAAAUCAUUGAAUUUUUAUUACAUUUGAAAUUUUCGUGUAUUGAAAUAAUUUCUCUUGGUCUUAAUUAUUUGAUAAUAAUAAGAGGGUUUUUCUUGUUCUAUUAAACCGCUCCAAUUUUUUAAAAAUUAUGUUCUACAAUUAGAAUAUUAAUACAAUAUGGGGAAGAAAAGUAAACCUCCUGUUGGCGAAGAAUUUCGCAUUGCUAUUCAUCUUUCUAUCAAGAAUUUUCGUCAAAAUGAAGAACAAAAGGAAUAUGAAUUUCCAUCUUCUUUUACAUCUUGUGAAAGAUGUUAUGUUCAUCGUUAUUGUCAGCAAUUAGGCUUAAAAUCCAAAAGCAGAGGAGAAGGGGCUAAUAGAUUUCUAACUGUCUAUAAGAAAGAAGGAUCUACAAUUGUGCAAGCUGAUGCAGUGUAUCAAUUUGGUCAUACUUCUAAGAGACACACUGUGAAUCUUUUACAGCGGUUUCCAAUUACAGCUAGAGAACGUCAAGAACUUCUACCUCCUACUGAGCGAGAUCGUAUUAUGGGACAAGACAUAACUUUUAAAGCUGCUCGGGAAGUGAGCCGAACUAUUGGGCGUCUUGGAAGUGGAAUUCCAAUGAUUCCCCCGAGAAGAUGUGAAAAUGAAUACACUCCUUUUCGUCAAACUCUACCAAUAUGGAAUUGUCAGGAAGAAAUACUUCAAAUGAUUUCCUGUCAUCAAGUUGUAUUAAUUUCUGGAGAAACCGGCAGUGGAAAAACUACGCAGGUUCCGCAAUUUAUAUUAGAUCAUAGUAGUAUGGUAGGACAUCCAUGUCGAGUAAUAUGCACACAACCUCGUAGAAUAGCUGCGAUAACUGUGGCAGAGAGAGUGGCAUUUGAGAGAGAUGAAAAAAUUGGGCAAACAAUUGGCUAUCAAGUUCGUCUUGAAAGCAGAAUAUCUCCGAAAACAUUGGUUACAUUUUGUACCAAUGGGGUCCUUUUACGCACAUUAAUGGGUGGAGAUGCAUCAGUGGCAACAGUUAGCCAUAUUUUAGUGGAUGAGCUCCAUGAAAGAGAUCGAUACAGCGAUUUUCUUCUAAUUGUGUUAAGAGACUUACUUUUGAAAUUCCGGAACUUGAAAUUGGUCCUUAUGUCUGCUUCGUUAGAUACUCAGUUAUUUAGUAAAUACUUUAGCAAUUGCCCUGUCAUUGAAGUUCCAGGAAGAACUUAUGAUGUAAAAACUUACUUUCUUGAAGAUGUUUUAAAAGGAACAGCCUACUCUAACAAAGCAAUGAUAAAGUUUAAAAAGGAUCAUUCAAAGCAAAAAGCGACAAAGACUGUUGAAUCUUGGUGUUCCAUUCAGUUAAAUGAAAUGAAUAUCCAGGGAACAGCUAAAGAGGAAGCAUCAGCUUCAGCAAGUGACAUUUACAGUCUUAGAAUUGAAGAUCUUUCUGUCAAGUCACUAGAAGUUAAUACAGAUAAAGAAAUGGAUCCUCAUUUAGCUGCAACAAUGGAUAAAUUAAUAGAAGAUGCCUGGAUGACUGGAGACAAUGACUUAGCCAAUGUUUUGCAGCCAAUUUUGUCUGAAAAUGUUUCUGUGGAUUAUCAGCAUAGUGAAACGAAUGUCACUCCAUUGAUGUUGGCUGCUGGGAGAGGAAAUAUUGAUGUUGUGGAGCAACUACUAGUCUUGGGUGCUAGUAUUCAUAUAAAAUCCUCAAAUGGUUGGACUGCUAUCGAUUGGGCUAAUCAGUUUGGCCAUAAAGAAAUAGGAGAGCUUCUGGCUAGUCAAUGGAAUAUUGAUAAUGCCACUCAGAAUGUCCCUGAUCCUUCAGAUAACCAGCUAGAAUUACCCGAGGAAGAUAAAUUGCUACUUGAUGCUUAUCUUCAUAGUGUUGAUGAGGAAAAAAUUGACCAUGAUUUAAUACUAUGUCUACUAGAAAGAGUUUGUGGUAGCCACGAAGAAGGAGCUGUUCUAAUAUUCUUGCCUGGCUAUGAUGAUAUCAUUACAUUAAGAGACAAAAUUUACAGUGAUCUUCAUUACGUAGCUGAACACAGGGCUAUGAUAUUCACACUUCAUUCGCAGAUGCAGAGCUCAGAUCAAAAACGAGUAUUUCGUCCAGCACCACCUGGUGUUAGAAAGAUUAUACUAUCAACAAAUAUUGCUGAAACAAGCAUAACAAUAAAUGAUGUGGUUUUUGUUGUAGAUUGUGGAAAAGUAAAAGAGCGAACAUACGAUGCAAUAACUGGUGUAACACAUUUAAAAGCUGGUUGGAUAUCAAAAGCAAGUGCUAUACAGAGAAGAGGUCGAGCUGGACGCUGUAGACCUGGUCUUUGCUAUCAUUUAUACAGUAGAUUGAGGUUUAAUAGUUUCCGUAGAUUUCAAGUUCCUGAAAUCCUUAGAGUUCCUAUUCAUGAAUUAUGUUUACAAGCAAAACUUCUGGCUCCCCCAAAUGCACCAAUAGCUGAUUUUCUUGCUAAAGCACCUGAUCCUCCUCCUUUUAUGGUAACAAGAAAUGCUGUCACCCUGCUGAAAACAAUAGAUGCUCUUGAUCCUUGGGAAGAAUUAACAGAACUGGGUUUACAUUUGUUAGAUUUGCCAGUUGACCCUCGUCAUGGAAAGAUGAUUCUUUAUUCAGUAGUUCUAAAGUGCUUAGAUCCUGUACUCACAAUUGUUUGCUGUUUGUCUUAUAGGGACCCAUUUUUAAUCCCAUCUCAACCUGCUCAUAAAAGAGCUGUUGCUCUGGUGAAACGAAAAUUUGCUGCUGAAACAAACAGUGAUCAUAUGGUUUUAUUAAGAGCAUUUCAAGCAUGGCAGAAAGCUAAGAAUGAAGGCCAAGAAAGGAAUUUCUGUAGUCGGAACUUCCUUUCCCAUGCUACCAUGGAAAUGAUUGUUGGCAUGCGAUCACAAUUGCUGGGACAACUUAGAGCUUCCGGAUUCAUUAGGGCCAAGGGAAAUAGUGAUAUCCGAGAUCUAAACAGCAAUUCUGAAUGUUGGCCUGUUAUCAAAGCUGCUAUCUGUGCUGGAACUUAUCCUAAUUUAAUACGUAUUGAUCAUGAGCGAAUGCAGUUGAUCACUCAGAAAGAAUCCAAAGUCCGAUUUCAUCAUUCUUCUGUUCUGAACAAACUUCCUGUAUCAUCUAAACAAACUGUUGCCAAAUUGCGGAAACAAGUAAUAGAUGAAUUACCUUCAGAUUGGUUGUUCUACGAAGAAAUGAUGCGUGCUGGAAGCACAGCUCAUGCCCAGAAUUGCACUGUUGUUUCACCUAUCACAGUUGCUCUUUUCUCUGGUCCUGCUCGUCUUCCUCUAGAUGCUCUUCAUGAGCCCGAUCAAGCUCGUCUCGAAGGAUAUAUGGAGGAAGAAGAUAGUGAAGAUGAUACUAAAUAUGACAGUCAGAAAGCUAUGUUUAAAAUUGAUGAUUGGAUAUCAUUUAGGGUGGAGCCAGAGAUUGCUCGUCUGAUGCUACAGCUACGUCAAAAGUGGCAUGCUUUGUUUUUAAGGCGUAUCCGUGCGCCAUCAAAACUCUUGACUCAAGCUGAUGAAGCUGUCAUACGAACUCUUACUGGUGUUUUAAUAGCUGAAGAUGCAGCUCUUAAUCUGCAGCAACCAUCUGGCAUUGGUCUGCGGCAAAAGCAAGCUUCUGAUUACAAUUCUAGUCCAAGUCAUAGAAGCUCUGGUUUUCAUAAUUCAAAUAGUUCAUAUUCAGUGUUGGCAUCACCUUGUUGCCCAGAGGAUUCACCAAUGAUGGCCGGAAAUAGUGCAUCUAACUGUUACAAUGUUGUUUACAAAAAUCGUGGUCCUCAAAGCCCAAUGCGGCAACCAUAUAACAGCAUGCAACAAAUGCCUGCUAAUAUGGAGUAUGGACAUCCUACUCAAACUAAUUCAAGAGUUCGUUAUUUCAUCAUAAAAGCAAACACAUCAAGAGUUGUAGAGAUAUCAAUGGCUAAAAACAUUUGGGCUUUUACUCCAACCACUGAGAGAAAAUUGCUAUCAGCUGUUAAGGAAGGCAAAGAAGUCAUUCUGAUAUUUUCUAUCCAAGGAAGUGGACAUUUCCAAGGAUUUGCACACUUUACACAUCAUCUUUCUAAUCAGAAACCACCAGAAUUCAGUGCUGCCAAUCUUGGUACUUGCUAUCAAAUUGAAUGGAUGAAAAAGGCAAACAUUCCCUUUCAAAGUACUAGGCAUCUUCAAAAUUCUUGGAAUGAAAAUAGAAAAGUUCAAAUUUCAAGAGAUGGACAGGAAUUGGAACCAAAUGUCGGGGAAUCUUUAUGCAAGCUUAUAUCUAAGUGUGCAGAUGUGUUAGGGCCAGAAUAUACUAAAGUUCCAAGAAGACAGAAUGCAUACCCCAGGGAAAAUUUUGACUCUAAUCAGCUGAAUAGAAGCCAAGCACACUGGGAGCAAAAUACAGCUGCUUCAUCAACAUGGUACGAUCCUGCUCCAGGAUCUAAUCAAAAAUAUUGGUCACCACCCAAUUCCUAGAUUGUUUUUUAUAGUUUUUCCAUUUUUGUGAUAUUUAGAAAUCCUGUGAUUUUUACCAUUCUAAAAAUCAACUAAAUGGCAUAGUGCUUCAUUUUCUUUUUUAAAAUUUAAUGGUUUUGCAAAAUAAUGUUUUGGAAUUAAAUGUACUUGUAAAAAUCUAAAUCUCACCACCAAGUAAAUUUAUACAAAGUUAAUAAAUUUUGUUACAGUUGUGCGAAAACUUUGUUUAGAUGAACCCUCUUGUAAGGCAAUCUUCUUUAACAAAAUAAUUAAAUUGUUUUUUUAAGUUUAUAUUCCAUCUUCAUUUAAAGUCUUGUUUUAAAUUUUAGUUAUAAAGUACUUGGUGGGAGAGAUAAAAUAAGGUAAUCCAAUGUAGGAUGUAGUCGCACAACGAAAUUGCAGUUCAAUAAGUGUAUUUUUCAUUAUAUAAAACAAUAAAAUGUUUACUUGAUUCUUUUUCAUUGUUGUUUGUUACAGUUGCUUUCCUUUUUUUUUAUCAAACUUUAAAUAAAUGUUUUUUUAUGUAAGAUGGAAUUUUUUUGUUGCUGUUUUAGUAUUAAAUAUCUUUAAAAAAAUUCUUACAAUUAAAAUUAAAUAUUUCAGAAAAUUCUUACAAUUGAAAUUAUCUAUUUCAGUUACACUAAAAAGUUCUUUUAGCUUUUUAUACAAAGUUUAAAACAUAAUCAAUUCUUGUUUUCAUUUAGAUAUUUUUGUUUCAUAAGGUAAUAAAUUUCUUGAAACCAAAUACUGAGUAAGAUUUCUGUUAUAUUUUGUUAAAUAUUGUAAAAUUCAUGCCUUAAUGUAACUCAGAUUUGAUAAUAAUCAAGAAACUUCUUAUAUAUAUAUGUCAUUCUAUCUAUCAAUUUAUUGGAGUACUAUGUUUUCCAAUGUAUAAGUCGAUCUAGUGUAUAAGAUGUUCCCAUAUUUUUUACUUCAAAAUGGUGAAAUUUAUGUACAUUUGGUACUUAAGUUGACCCCUUAAUUCAUACUUGUUAAAAAAAUAUUUGUGCAACCUGAUAUAAAACUUUCUAAAGAU